GUUAUGUUAUUUAUUAUGAUUAUUUGAAUAUUCAUUAUUUCCGACUUUCAAGGGUUUUUUUCCACUCUUUGAAUUUCUGAGUCAUUCCAAACUCGAAUUUGAAAUUCAGAAUUCGGUACUUUUCAUUUCCAGAUUUAACUUCGUCGAUGUCAUCUAAUAAUAUCGUCGAUGACGGUGGAGAGGAUAGGAAAACUAUUAUGGUGAAAACGUGACGAAAUGAUUGGAAAUGUUGCAUGAAAAUAGCAAAAAUAGAGGGGACUAGACCUUGUGCCUGAUUUAGCCUGAUAUCUUAUGACGUGUAGCAUGAAUGGUGUGAUGGGUGUGGGAAACACACCUCCCUAAUACUGAGACUGGAUAGGUUGCAGAAGUUACUAACACUCUCAAAGAUAAAAGUUGGUUUCAGUUUAUCUACAGAAGCUGUGACUAUAGUUUUAAAUAAAUACUUUCAACAAUGAUGCUCAAUAGAGGAAGUUUCUCAGAUCAAUCAGUAGAACCUCUUAUUGGAGUGAUUGAUGCUGGAACAAGGACAGUUAAAUUUUGUGUAUUCAGGACUGAACAUACUAAAGAAGUUGCUAGGUACACUGUAGAUAUAGCAACACAUACUCCUGAGGAAGGAUGGUCAGAGCAGGACCCCAAAGAAAUACUCAGUGCCAUAAGGACUUGUAUGGAAGAAGUUGUGAAAUCAUUAGGACAUCAAGCGAAUCAUAUUGUAACAUUAGGAAUAACAAAUCAAAGAGAAACAACAAUAGUUUGGGAUAAAACCACUGGAGAACCACUAUAUAAUGCUAUAGUAUGGAACGACAUUAGGACAGACUCAACAGUAGAUUUAAUACUAUCAAAAGUGCCCGACGGCAAUACAAACUACUUUAAAAGUAUCUGUGGUCUUCCAAUUUCCCCAUAUUUCAGCGCUUUCAAACUCAAAUGGCUCAUGCACUAUAUACCCAAGGUGAAAAAGGCUGUGAAAGCCAAAAAGUGUCUAUUUGGAACUGUUGACACUUGGAUUCUGUGGAAUUUAACAGGUGGCGUCAACGGCGGUAAACACUACACUGACGUCACGAACGCUUCGAGAACAUUCCUCAUGAACAUCGACCUACUGAAUUGGGACCCACAGCUGUUGCAUGCUUUCAAUAUACCCGUCCAUGUUCUGCCAGAGAUCAAGAGCAGUUCUGAGAAAUACGGUUGCAUAGCUGAAGGGUUUCCCCUGGAAGGGGUGACGAUAUCAGGGAUUUUGGGGAAUCAGCAGGCAUCUUUGGUUGGACAGAGGUGUUUGAAAGAGGGACAAGCAAAAAAUACCUACAGAAGUGGCUGCUUUUUACUUUACAACACUGGAACAUCGAAAGUUUCCACUCAAGGAUUAGUGACGACAGUAGCUUAUAAAUUCGGCAACUCACCUACAGUAUAUGCUCUAGAAGGUAGUGUGGCGGUCGCGGGGGCUGCCAUAAAAUGGCUCAGAGAUAAUAUGGGUUUCAUACAGGAUGUACAAAAAGAUACCGAAUCGCUAGCUCAAGAGGUGUUCAACACCGGCGACGUAUAUUUCGUUCCCGCCUUCAAAGGAUUGUAUGCUCCAUAUUGGAGGAAAGAUGCGAGAGGAAUAAUUUGUGGAUUGACUGCUUUCUCUACGAAACAACACAUAGUGAGGGCGGCUCUGGAGGCUGUUUGCUUCCAAACAAGAGACAUUCUGGAAUCUAUGAAAAAAGAUUGUGGAAUUCCACUGUCCAAACUCCAUGUUGAUGGCAAAAUGACUGCUAAUAAUCUGCUUAUGCAAUUACAGGCUGAUAUUAGUGGUAUACCUGUGAUAAGGGCUGAAUCGGAAGAUAUAACCGCCUUGGGCACGGCAAUGGCUGCGGGUGCAGCUGCCGGCAUCGAAAUUUGGGAUAUCAACCGAGAAGAAAGAGAAUUAGUUCCUAGCCAUACAUUCCUGCCAACAUCGACAUCCAGCGAGAGGAAUGCAAGGUAUACUAAAUGGAAAAUGGCUGUAGAAAGGUCUCUUGGUUGGGCCCUACCCAAGAGGACAAGUGCUAUGACAGAUGAGCGAUACAGGUUGCUGGCAAGUAUACCAGGAAGUUUGUUUUUCAUUACUAGUUUUGGAUUGAUAGCAUUAUCCGAAUUUUUAUCUGCUGGUCAAUAG